UGACACAACCCAUCUUCAAAAGGCAAGAGGAAGCCAGCUUGACACUCAGAGGAGUCAAGGUAGAUGGAGAGACAGGUCACCUCUCUCGUCUCCAGAACAGGAUCCUCUCCAUCUGCACUCUAGGACCCACCUCAAAGCCCUGGUCAGUGCAACUUGGAUUCGGCAUUAAGAGUGUCUGCUGUACCAAAGAACCUCCCCUGAGCCCAACCACCUUUUGCUCCUGUGAUGAAGGUUCCUAUCAUCCUCCUCUUCCUCUCUACUCUCCUGGUUGCAGGGACCUGCCUGGAAUGUGAGGUUUGCAGUGGUAUAGGCAACACCUGCAAUGGUAAAAUGAUGGCCUGCAGCUCUGGAGAAGACAGCUGCUUCAUUGCUCUGGUAGAGUUACCAGGAAGCUUUGGCUCAGUGAAGUACAUCCAGACUAUGAAGGGCUGCGUGACUUCCCGUGUCUGUGGACGGAGUCCAGCCAUCUUUCAUUCUUCAGUGACAUAUAGGUUAGCCUUCACCUGCUGCACCGGGGACUCCUGCAAGCACACCUCUGUUCAACUGCCUGCAGAGAACAUCAUCCCCAAUGGGCUGUACUGCCCCACCUGUGUAACAACUGGGGAUACAAAUGAUUGCAGUAUUGCAAGGGUGGCUUGCACUGGAGAGGAGACUGAAUGCCUGCACUUAGCUGAACCAGUUUCAUCGGAUCCUGGUGCUGCCAAGCCCCCAACACCCCACAAAGGCUGUGCAACACCACCAACCUGCAACCUCGGAGAUGCCAUCAAAAAGUUUGGUAUCCUGGUAGACCUACAGACGUGCACAAAACCCACUGCAUUUGCCAGCUCAGCCGCAGGACGUGGCAGACUCCUGCUCCCAUCCUUCAUUGGGCUGAUCCUAGCAAUGCUUCUUGUCUGAGCCUCAGCCCAUGUAAAGGCAAUGAAGCCCAGAGUGCCCACUCUGCAACCACUCUGCCAUGCCUUGCCCUGGUGCCCUUGGGCUCCACACCAGUUUGAUUCUCUGAUGGUUCAUUAAAGGGAAUGAGGGAAGAGACAUGUUGAGCUGCCUGGGUCUGGCUUGGAGCACAAGUUUUGCAGUGACCAGAGCCAGGCCAGCUCAGCUCAGUGGAGACCUGCAGCCUUGGAUUUGAUCCCAGUGUCAUUGUUCAGACAGAAACUAUAUCAUGUAUGUGUGUCCG